CUCCCUGCUCGUCUGUCUGUCAGCGUGUGAAUGUUUCCAGCCUUCACUUCUUCACUUCUCCGCCUCUCCGCCUCUCCCAGCAGCGAGAGCGGACCUUUCUCCUGCUCGUACUCUGUCCCACCUCCUCCUCUUCCUCCUCCUCCUCCUCCUCCUCUUCCUCCCUCUCCUCCUCUCCCAGCCGACAGCCAGGCCGCGGUCACUUCCCCGUGAAUCCGCUCACACAGAGUGGGAGAGGAUCCAGCAGUGUUACCCCCCCCCACCCCCCUCCCAUCACCAUCCUCAUCUCCAUUCUCCGGUCAUGACGCUGGAAGCCAUCCGCUACCGGUCCGGGUCUCUGCAGAUCCUCAACCAGCUGCUGCUGCCACACCAGACCGUCUACGAUGACAUCCGCUCGGUGCAGGACGCCUACGAGGCCAUCAAGUCCAUGAAGGUGCGCGGAGCUCCAGCCAUCGCCAUCGUGGGCUGCCUCAGCCUGGCCGUGGAGCUGCGUGCGGGCGCCGGGGGUGAUGACCCCGUAACCUUCAUCAGGGAAUCUCUGUGUCACCUGACCGUAGCCAGGCCCACCGCCGUCAACAUGGGCCGCGCCGCACGAGAGCUGAUGGAGUUCGCGGAGAACGAGAGCAUGGAGAAGAACUCGGAGCAGCUCAGAGAAAGUGUAAUUGCCUGGAUCGAAGACAUGCUGCAGCGGGACGUGAACGACAACAAGAAGAUCGGUAACUACGGAGCCCAGCACAUCCUGUCGGGUGUCCCGAGGGACUCGGUGACCAUCCUCACGCACUGCAACACCGGCUCGCUGGCCACAGCUGGAUACGGGACGGCGCUGGGUGUGGUGAGAAGCCUCCAUUCCCUGGGCAGGCUCAAGCGCGUGUACUGCACAGAGACCAGGCCGUACAACCAGGGCUCCAGACUGACGGCGUACGAGGCGGUGGCAGAAGGAAUUCCCGCCACACUAAUCACAGACAGCAUGGCGGCUCUCACCAUGAGAGAAAUGAACAUCACAGCGGUGGUGGUGGGCGCCGACAGAGUGGUUGCCAACGGCGACACCGCCAACAAGGUGGGCACGUACCAGCUGGCCAUCGCCGCAAAGCACCAUGGGAUUCCUUUCUACGUGGCCGCACCCAGCACAUCGUGUGACUUGAGCCUGGAGAGCGGCAGGGACAUCAUCAUUGAAGUGCGCCCCCCAGAAGAACUCACCAGUAUAAACGGAGUUCCCAUCGCUGCCCCAGGUAUUGAUGUGUGGAACCCAGCAUUCGACGUGACCCCUCACCAGCUCAUCACAGGAGGCAUCAUCACAGAGUUGGGAGUCUUCCUCCCGUCUGAGCUGCAGGCGGCGCUCACCGGCCGCCUCACCGCCCUCUAGAGCCUCCCGGCCCUCUCCUGCUGGUCCCGGUGCACCACCACACCUUUACUUCACACACUUAGACACUCUCAUGUCUUCACAGAGCAUGCGUGGCUUGUGGUUUUAAAUUUAAGUUGAUUCAAGGCACACUUACCGUGUCAGUGGUGCACCCAGAAGAAGAAGAAAAACAAUCUUUCACUCAGCCACACAAAAAUUCACUGCAGGGAAUCAAACAGACACACAUAUGCACUCUGCUUUCUUAUAAAUCCUUCUUCUGUAGUCUUUACAUCUCACCCUUUCCCAGGUCUUCCAUGUCACCUUUCAUUUUCUUUUGUUCCCUCCGUCUCUCUUUAACUGGCUUCUGCAACUAUAAAUAGAGCCCAGCUGGAGUCAAAACCUCUAAAUUCUGUUUGGCAAACAAAACAUUACCGAGGAAACGUUUCACUGACUUCCUCAACAAACUAGAUGAAGGGCAUGACUUAUUCCCCAAUUUCAAAGCAGUUGUGGUGUCAAAAAUGCUGCUACCCCCUUGUAAAUAUAUAUGUAUAUAUAUACCCAUGCUGGUAGGGUGUACAUAUGUUUAGAAAACGAAUAAAUGAAAAAAAAAUGAAAAAAAUAAAACAACACAAAAUUAACCUCUGCCAGUAAACGGUACUGCUAUGUUAACCAAAUAUGUGGUUAUUUAAAAUCAAAUUUGUCAUCUAAAAUGUUAUAUUAACAUUAAUUUCUAUUGUUCAGUGUAGAACUCUUUGUAGAGGACUAAAUCUAAUAAUAACUUAGGGUUUCACACAGAUAUUCUUAGUGAUGUGUGAAAACAAUUAUUUGCCAUUAAUUUUUUUUAACCUGUGCAGCAAAAUUGGAACCAGUUCUCGUCAGUCAGCUGGAGUCUUUUACAAGACAUGGCUGUGUUUAUACUUCAUACCAUAUUUGUAUUCCCACAAUAUUUUUAUGUACAGCUUACAGACAGCUUUUACAUAUACACGCGUAUCCUUAAAGAUCACCCUUCUCUGUACGGAUGAAACAUCUGGAGCAUUUGAUCUGAGGAGGCUGUUUUUCUGGAUAAGACGCAUCACUUUGAAAGGAAUAUUUCACCCCACAAUGAACGCUGGGUCUCCUGCUUUCGUAGUCAUCGGUAACCAUUUUUCAUAAGAGUAUAAUUGAAACAAGUUAAGUUUAUCCCAGAUGAUUUGAGUGUGUGAAUUUGAUUUUACAGCUAAGGAAGAAAAUCAAAUGUAAAUCUCUCCACGUCGCUGUUAUUCAGUCCAGGAGCUCGGCUUCAGGCCAACGCAGGAAAAAUGUAAUGAUGGACUUUUUCGUGUCCAAAUUAGAAAAGUGUUUUGACUCUUAGUACCUUUAGGCUCAUGUUUGUUCCUAUCAGUAUACCUUUCAGGUGUUUUUGGUUUAAAAUACACACACACAUUUACUGUGAUGUUCUGCUCAGCUGAGUGACUACAGAGACAGAUAUUUCCCCAGGGCUCAGAGACCAAAGGACAGUUAGAAAAACACAAAAGGAACUUAAUUUUGUCUAAAUAAGUAGUUGUUUCUCUGUGGCGCUACAUGCGUAAAUACGGACUGGUUGCCAGAUUGUUGGUUUAACAUCAGGCCUCUUGAUUCAAGAAGCCACCAAAUAAACUUCACAUCGUCCAUUUAUCUCUGCUCCAUAAUAUCACUAAAAGACUUUAAAACACAUUAGUCUAUUCAGUCACACAAACAAGAAUUUUCUUCAUUUUGUUUUAAAGAAGUGUUUCGUUAACUUUAUGCAGGUUUUCAGGUUUUUUUUAAAGUUUUGGUUAAGUUUUGGUUUUAAUGGUGAUUCACAGUGCCAGCCCAAAGUUGGUUAUUUUAUUUUAAUUAUUUUAAGCAAUAUCUAAUCGUAUAGCGAUAUUUUUUAACAGCCAAAGACCACAUUGACAUUUUAAGAUUUUCAAAUACAGUUGGCUCAGUUUGAAUGGACUGUUUGCUCAGAUAGGGAUUUUAAAAAGUCUUGUGUGUCGCUUGUAAUAAACACAUCCACUAUAUCCACCGGAGUGACGGCUUCGGACAACUCCGCUUGCUGUGUUUUAACUGUCCGUUGUUUUUUUUAUUUUGCAAUGGUGGCCAGUAGGUGUG